GACAUCCUAUGCACAUUAGACCACUGGUGCGUGAAGCAUACAAACACCAUUUCUGACAUUUUACGGUCGAAGUCUUACAAGUGAGUUUGUUUAUUUAGACAACAAACGACAAGUGCGAAUUGGGUGGUGUGAACCAAGAAGGCCACUCAUUGGCCUCUUCAACGCCGUGAAGUCAUCAUCUACACCCCCCUCCCCCUUCCCCUCGUCGCACCUCUCGCAAUGCCACUUCCACCCCUAGUGCUCCCCCUCGUCCCUCUCGGCGCUCCACCCCUCGUAGGAAUCCCACCUCCUCCGCCCGCCCUCCCACCAGCCCUCGGUAUACCCCUGCCCCUCCCUAUCCUAGAAGGCGGAGCGGACGCAUCUAGCCUGGAGGACGCGCCGGGCUUCUUGCUGCUAGGCGGGUUCUCGACGAACGAGGUGUCGGUCGUCAGGAACGUGGCCUCGACGUCUGGCACCGCGGGGUCCUGUCCGUUGUUUGCGCCUCCUGGCCCUAUGGAGGAGGAGAAGUCCGGUUGGUUCUGGGGCCGCUUGAAGGAUUCUGGCGCUGGGGUCUGGCGGUCCGGAAUGUCAGUACAUGUAUGCUCUCAAACCUGCGUAGUUUCCGGAGACAUGAAUAGAGAAAAUGGACAUACCUCUGGGAAAUCCACACAAAAAGCAUUCAUGUUCAUGCCGUACAGAAAGCCCGCGAAGCUCUCGGAGAAGCGAGCCAGGCUCUCGUGCAUGAGCUGCAGCUGGACGAAGUUGGACUCGAGGUCGGCCAUUGCGUCCGAGAGCUCUGCGAAGUCAUCUUGUAGGAGCUCGAGGGGGGAUACGGAGCCGGGGGCGUAGGGACCCCGGACGCGAGACGCGCUGUCGCGGAGAGAGGAGCGGGAGGAAGGUCGGAGGGGAGUUGUCGGGCGGGAGCGAGGGGACUUGGAGCGAGGACGUGGCGGGCGUGACUGGCGGAUUGUCGAUGGGGGUUCGGCUUGCGGUGUUGU